AUGCAGAGGACGACUUCACUUGUAUUCCUUGUUAACUUUCUUAUCAUGUUUACCUCAGUUGUAAAUCAGAGUAGAGCAGGAACAUGCGUUGCGACUCUAGGCCCUUGUGAGAACUGUGACCAGAAAUGCCUGGCCCAAUACGGACCAUCAGUUCACACCCAAUGUGGGAAUUCGCUGUGCUUAUGCAUCUACCAGUGCCCACCUCCACCGCCUAAAGUGUGCAACGGUGGGGCUGGUCUCUGUUCUCAGAAUUGUCCUGCUAAUUGCUGUGAUAUGAAUUGUGCAAAAAAGUAUAAUGCUGGACAUGGAUCUUGUGUCACGCUUGGUAAUUUUAAUUUGUGCCAAUGUACGUACUCUUGCUAA